UGACCACAACAUAUUAUGCCGCAAUAAUAUACGUAAAAUAUGCGGAUGUUGGGUAAAUGCGAAGAUAACAUUUCAUUACAUUAUAACAAUAAUGUCGUCGAAUGAGUAAUAAUUAUCAUACCUAGUUAGAUUUUGAUUUAGUUAAUAAGGUGAAGUGCCAUCUUCUCGAGACUGGAAAAUGGAGGCCACCGAAUUUGCAAGAGUCAGUCAAAAAAACCCGCAUAUUUUGAAUGACGAAGAACUAAAGGAUUACUAUGGAAGCAUAUUCCUCUGCUGCGAUUCGAACAGAGAUGGAAUCAUAAGUAUAAACGAACUGAAGACCUUCAUCGAAAUACAUGAAGAAUUUGAGCUCCCCGAUGAAGUGAUGAGAACGAUUUACGAAAAAUAUGACAAAAACAUGGACGAAAAGCUGGAUUUAGAGGAAUUCGUCGAAAUGAUAAAUAGUCCAACAUUUUCAGUAACCUUCCAGAAGUUUUCGAAUAGGAUAUUGAAGUUCGUAGUUGUACCAACGAUAAACAGAAAGACGACCAAGCUAUGCAGAACAAUAACAAAGACAGGUUCUUACGAUGCAGAAAUGAAGUGGAGGAAAAGUGCCGUAGGCCUGAUCAUUAUAUCACUUCUACAGAUAAUAUUGUAUUACGUGAAUAAUUUCUUGAAGAGAGAAAAUGACCAUGAUGUAGGAGACAUUUAUGAGAAACUAUCAUUCAAUCCAUGUUUGAGAUAUCAAAUUUACAGAUAUUUCACAUAUAUGUUCGUCCAUUCAGGUGAGUCUCACCUAUUUGCCAACGUCAUUUUGCAACUGGUGUUAGGAAUUUCCCUUGAACUGGUCCACACGUGGAGAAUACCGUGUUUAUACUUUGCCGGCGUCAUUGGAGGCGCUCUCUUCCAUUCUGUGAUAGAUCGAACACCAUUGGUCGGCGGUAGCGCCGGCGCAUAUUCCUUUUACACAGCGCAUGUGGCAGUGGUCAUAUUGAAUUGGAGAGAAAUGAGCCAUCCCGCUGUACGCUUGAUAUUAUUUACCAUCAUAAUAGUGAUUGACGCUAUCUGCGCACAGAUGACAUCGUCCAAUAAUGUGAGUUAUUGGAGUCACUUCGGAGGAGCAGUGAUUGGGCUUCUCUUCGGAGUGAACAUAUUGAGAAAUCUAAGGGUGACCCAGUUGGAGACAUACAUUUGGUACAUAAGCUUGACAGUGUUAGGUAUCACGAUUUUCACUCUGAUUAUUUUAGAUUGUGUAUUGCAAUUGCCGAUGACAAUAUAUUGUUCAUAAGA